CCCCAGGCAAAUCCUUCCUUCCGGGUUUGGACGCUCGGGCUGUGACUUUGGUUCCGAACCCAGCGGGACCGGGUCCGGGUGGCGCCGGGCUCACGUGACCGGCGGCUCGCAUGACCCGCGGGCUGCGGGGCAUCACGGGGACGUUCCAGGUGUGGCCAGGGGACCUCCGCCAGCUGUGUGCUGUCAUGGACCUGGGGCCCAUGCGCAAGAGUUACCGUGGGGACCGAGAGGCAUUUGAAGAGACUCACCUGGCCUCCCUGGACCCCAUGAAGCAGUUUGCUUCCUGGUUCGAAGAAGCUGUCCAGUGUCCGGAUAUAGGGGAAGCCAACGCAAUGUGUCUGGCUACCUGCACGAGGGAAGGCAAGCCCUCUGCCCGCAUGCUGCUGCUGAAGGGCUUUGGUCCAGACGGCUUCCGCUUCUUCACCAACUAUGAGAGCCGGAAAGGAAAGGAGCUGGACUCCAAUCCCUUUGCCUCCCUUGUCUUCUACUGGGAGCCGCUUCACCGCCAGGUGCGCGUGGAGGGCCCGGUGCAGAGGCUGCCGGAGGCCGAGGCCGAGAGCUACUUCCACUCCCGCCCCAAGAGCAGCCAGAUCGGAGCCGUGGUCAGCCGCCAGAGCUCCGUGAUCCCCGACCGUGAGCAUCUGCGAAAGAAAAAUGAGGAACUGGAGCAGCUCUACCGGGAGCAGGAGGUGCCCAAGCCGAAAUACUGGGGAGGCUACGUGCUGUACCCGCAAGUGAUAGAAUUCUGGCAGGGCCAGACGAACCGACUGCACGACCGCAUCGUCUUCCGGCGGGGCCCCCCCUCUGGGGACUCCUCCCUGGGGCCCAUGACCCACCGUGGGGAGGGAGGCUGGCUCUACGAGAGACUGGCACCGUGAUUGGAGACGUCGCCUCCGCACAGCGUCUUCCUCCCUCCCUCUGUCCCUCCUCUCAGGGCCCUGGAGCCGUCCCCAGUUGGGUCUCAGCCGCUGAGUGGAGGGUGUCACAGAGACAACCGCAAAAGAAAGAGCCUCCAUGGUUUUGGACCUUGCCUGUGGAUUUUCCCAGAUAGCUCCCCAGGGCAGCCGCUGUGGCGACUAGCAACCCUGUCGCUUGCCAUGGCAUUCUUGCUACCUGAGCCAGAAUAGCCAAUCAGAUUCCUCAUCAACAAAUUUGGCCUUUGAGCCACACAUGGAGAUGCACACCUGUAAUCCCAGCAUUCUUGGGAGGCUGAGGCAGGAGGAUCACAAAUUCAAGCUCCAACUGAGCAA